AUGGCGAAGUUAUUAUCAAUAGUUUUAAUUAUAUUCAUACAAAAUCAAGCGACAACCUCCAAAAAACCUCACAUUCUUUUUAUUGUUGCUGAUGACUUGGGAUGGAAUGAUAUUGGUUUUAGAAAUCUCGAUAUCUUAACACCUACCAUAGAUAAAUUGGCUAGUCAAGGUGUUAUUUUUAACUCAUCAUAUGUUUUACCAGUAUGUAGCCCUUCAAGAUCUGCCUUCCUGUCUGGUUACUAUCCAUUUAAAACGGGCUUCCAGCACUUUGUCUUGGGUGCGUAUCAGAAUGUAUGUUUACCAUUGGACCUUACUCUGUUACCCCAACAAAUGAAGAAAGCUGGAUAUGCAACACAUGCUGUUGGCAAGUGGCAUCUAGGAUUUUGUAACUGGAAUUGUACACCGACAUACAGAGGUUUUGAUUCCUAUUUGGGAUAUUAUAAUGCUGCUACAGAUCAUUAUACUCAUAAACUAGUGAAUUACUAUGAUAUGCACGACAAUGAAAAACCAGCAUGGAAAUACUAUGGACAAUACGCAGGAUAUUUUUUCACCGAUAGAUCACUGGAAAUAAUCAGAUCACAUGAUACAGAUAUACCACUGUUUCUUUAUCUUCCUUUUCAAAAUGUUCAUGAACCAAUUCAGGUUCCAGAAGAAUACGCCGAUCUUUAUCCUCAUGUUGGUAAUUAUGGAAGGAAACAUUUCUCAGGAAUGGUCAGCUUCCUAGAUGAGUCCAUCAAAAAUAUUACAUAUGCUUUGAGAGAUAAAAACAUGUUGAACGAUACAUUAAUCUUAUUUACAGCAGACAACGGUGCCGAACUGUUAUAUUAUGGUAAUAAUUACCCACUACGUGGUGGUAAACAUACAUUAUGGGAAGGUGGAACUCGAGCAACUGCUUUCAUGACCGGCUAUGGUUUACAACAUACUGGUAUUCAUUAUGAUGGUUUGAUCCAUGCUGUUGAUUGGAUGCCAACAUUGAUAGGAGCUGCUGGGGCAGAACAAGGUAGGUUGAUAUUUCAUGUUCAGUCCAUACCUGGUAUUGAUGGUAUAAAUCAAUGGGAUUCUAUCAGAAUGAAUCAACCUUCAAAAAGAACAGAAUUUAUUUAUAACUUAGAUGAUUUCUUUAUUCCUUCUCAGGGACAAGCUGCAAUCAGAGAUGGUGAUUGGAAAUUGAUAUUAGGUUAUCCAGGUCUCUAUGAUGGUUGGUAUAAACCAAUGAAUGAUACUAAAGAUACUCCACUGUAUGAUUUUAUUUAUACUCCUGGUGAUAAACCAGCUAGACUCUUUAAUAUAAAAGAUGACCCCAAUGAGUAUAAUGAUGUGUCUAAAGAACAACCUGAAAUUGUCCAGAAAUUAACUGCCAAGAUCAGUGAAUACAGAAAAUCAAUGGUACCAGCACUCUAUCCAAAGAGUGAUCCUGAAGCCAAUACUGUUGCGCGAAGAAAUGGAGGAGUGUGGACCCCUGGUUGGUGUUAA